AUGUCCCAAGUCCUUCAAAAGGAAGGACCAUCUCAAACGUCACAUGAUGAACCACACCGACGUGAGCGGCAUACUGAAAAGGAUACCAAGGCGGGGGUCAAGGGGCCAGAGAGUGGGUUCACCAUGAAAAAGACGUGGAACGUCAAAACCGUCUCUGUUAAGAGUGCCGGAGCAGACGAAGAAGACCAAACAAACUCCGACUUCUCAGAAACGCGUCAUUCCAAUAAGGUCCAAAGCGAUAGCGACACGUCUGUGGAAGACAAACAGUUCGAGAGGCUUUUGGAGCCAGAACUAUUGAAAAGUUCGAGAUCUGCGGAAUCGGUGUGGAAUAAGUACAAUUUUGAGUCGAAAAUAACCCCCAAGGGAAAAAUCUCCCAAGUUGGAGACAGAGACGGAAAAAACGUGGAAACGUACAUUCUUAAGCUUUGUUCUGGCGAUGGUGAGCUCAAAGAUGCGGUGAGAAAUAGCCAGCUGUUACAGGUGUCGGAGAUGCAGCAGUGUCUCGACAGGUUCUUCACAGGCUUUAACUUGGUGUACCCACUGAUUCAUUUGCCGUCGUUCGAGACGUGUAACGUGGAUUUGCUUGUUGCCGUGGUAUUGGCCGGGGGUUACGAUUCACAUGAUGUUGCACGCAGGAUUAUGCCGUUGUUGCGCAAGAAAGUGUUUGAGUCCGACGUUUACGCAACGGGCCAGCUCCGUCUUGUCCAAAUGAUGAUAAUUUGCCAGAUAUUCGCACUGUUCAACAGCUCUGCGCGUGAACAUCAGCUCGCGCUGGCCCAUCAUGGAGUGCUGAUCCACAUUCUCCGUCAACAUAGGUAUUUCGAGAAAACAGCAGAACCGAAGAACUGGAACGACUGGGUGGACUGCGAGAGCAGAAGAAGAUCAGCAUUUAUUGCUCUGCAAUGCGACGUCCAGAGAAGCAUUUUGUUUGGGGCCGACGUGACCAUGUCUGCGUUUGAAUGCCUGAUUCAAAUGCCAUGCUCGAUGUCGUUGUGGAUAGCCUCAUCUUCGGAAUGGGCAAGCCAAAGAACACAGCAGCACCCUGUCUCGUUUCUGAGCGUGUUGCAGUCCCAUUUGGAGUGCAGAAACGAAACGAGCUCAACUAGCGGAUUUCAUAAACAGCUUGUUCUUCACGGUCUCUUGAACGUCAUGAUGAAUUAUAAACUGAACCAACCUUUGCUACCAUAUGCCAACUGGAGAUCCCGAUGCACAACAUCGCUUGAACACUGGAAACGGGACUUUGACAUCUAUUGCAAGUCAGUGAGCAACAACCUGGAAGACUCGUCGGUAUUCGUUCAAUACAGCGCCUCUGUUUGUGCGUUGUAUAGACAGGGCCACUUGUUGUUAGCAGACUUCAGCGGGCUGAAGAAUGUACAACGAGGACCAAGCUAUAGGAGUGUUUCUCAGCAUGCGAUCUGGCACGCCUCUCAGUUGCUCAUCGAAGGGUAUCUAAGCCUAGAUAAUUGGAAAGUUGAGGGAAACUUGCAUUACAUUUGGUGUCUGUUUUCGGCCAUAUUUGUGAUAUCCAAUCACUUCAAAGGCAAAAGUGACGGUGAUCUAUCCAAGACUCUGCUAGUGUUGUCCAGGGGCACGCCCGAAAACAUUGGUACCCUUCCAAUAAACCCUCGUCCGAUUGUUAAAAACUUGCAGAUCUUGUUCAGCCAUCAGCACAGCGAGUUGAUCAACCAAUGGGCACAACUACUGGUGUGCUAG